AGGGGUACCGUUGUAAAGACUGAAUCCCUGAGUCUUUCACCUGUAAACAAAGCAGCAUGGCACAAUACACAAUACACAAUAUUCGCUUCUAUGACUUCCAUCCCAAGGCAAUACAAUGCAUGAGCUACGAGGACGAGACGAGCAGAUUAGCGCUGUCCAGAGCUGACGGAAGCAUUGAAAUAUGGAACUGCAAGAGCCGGCCCUUCAUGCAGCUGGUUCUCCCAGGGGACAACGACAGCUCUGUGGAGGCACUGGUGUGGUGCCGUGGGAGGCUCUUCAGUGCCGGCCUUCAUGGGUUCCUGCUGGAGCACAACCUGGCCUCUCGAGAAGUCACUCUUCGCACACCCGUCACUGGUGGCCCCACUUGGUGCCUCACUCUGUCUAAGGACAAGAAGAAAUUGGCUGCUGGCACAGAGGGAGGCUACGUGUGUAUAUUUGACGUGGUGGAUGAAGGAGUUGUGUACGACCGGGUGCUGGAGAAACAGGAAGGCCGGAUUCUACACAUAGCAUGGCACAGCAGUGGGGAUUACAUAGUGACUGGCUCUGUGAACUGUGUCCGGCUGUGGUCGCUCAAGGAAGGGCGGGUGACCCGAUGUGCUCUUGGUGCCUCCAACAGGAAGGAUGAGGUUAUCGUUUGGUGUGUUGGCAUUCUGGAUGACAUGACCCUCGUUAGUGGUGACUCAUGUGGAAAGGUGUGCUUCUGGAACGCUGAGCUGGGCACCAUCACCCACAGCGUGCAGACGCACAAGGCAGACGUCCUCACCCUUGCCAUCUGUGUCGACCAGAACUCCGUCUAUGUUGCUGGUGUGGACCCAACCAUUGUUCAGCUGAGCCGCGUGGAGACAAACACCAGUAGGGGCAAGGUGGAGAUGUGGAUUAAGGGCAACCAGCGGUCUGUACACACCCAUGACGUGCGAGCUCUGGCUGUCACUGCCACUGACCGCGUCUACUCUGGGGGUGUGGACACCAUCCUUACAUUGAGUUACUACCCACCAAAGAUUGUCUGCAAGUUCCCGGCUCUUCCUCCUCUUGGCUCCAUCUCUGUGGCCCAGGAGGCUGAGUCACUCUUGCUACAGUACAGUGACCACGUGGAGCUGUGGCGGCUUGGGGCAUCUUCCGAGGAGGGGGGAGACUCGGGCACCUUCCUCCCUAUCACUGAGGACCGAGUUAAGAUGCUGGAGCUACAUGGCAAAGAGGACGAGGUGAUCCAAUGGUGCGCCGUGUCCCCCAAGGCACUGUGGAUAGCUUACCUUGUCCAGGGCAGCCUCCGAAUCUACCAUUUCACUCCACCAGCAUCUGGGGGCCAGCCUCGAGUGCAGCGAGUAAGAGAGAUGAGCAGGGCGAUAGAGAGGAGUCACCAGAUUCUGUGGCUGAGUGAAGCAAGACUGGCCUCUGCUUCUGUCACUGGGACCAUUCAGGUAAUCAGUGUGUCAGGGAGUGAGGCUGUAAUGGAGAAGGAGCUCACCCUUGAACCAGGACACAGUGUUCUCCAAAUGACUUGCGACAUGGAGGGCAAGACACUCGCUGUUGUGGAUGACAAGAACACCAUCACGAUCUUUGACAUCGAGGGAGGCAAGUCUGCUGUCCUUCCUGGCCACAGUGCUCCCUGCACAGCAGUGGGGAUCCAUCCACUCUCGAAGGAAGUGGUGGCAGUGUAUGCAGACAUGAGCAUCAAGGAGUACGACCCAUCCAGGAAACGCUACACUGCAUUCUGCCGGAAGCAUCUCAAUGAGCCAUCCCCGGAGCUGGUCAAGAAGCACUCGGUGAUCCAGAGGGUGAGCUUCGACCCAGACCACCCUGACCUGAUCCUCCUCCACAAUGAUUCAGCCUUUGUUGUGGUGCAGAAGGGCAAGAAGGCAGCCAGUGAGAGUCAGGAAAGAGCACCUAAGAUGAAGAAAGUCAUGUCUGGCUCGAGUCUGGGGAAAGGGGAAGAUGCAGGGAUGGGUGCUCAGCUUAGUGUUAUCAGAAGACCCAACCAGGUGUUACUGUUCAGCCAGGUGAAGGGAAAGGCAGUGGUGAGUGUUGAGUUGAAUCCUCUGCAGGUGAUGGACCACCUGCCCUCACCACUCAAGGUUAAGAAGUAUGGUGGCACGUGAAGUGAGACAUGCAGUUUUCAUGUUUUUUAUCCAUCAUUGUUGUUCAUUCAUCCAUUCAUCACCAAUUUUUUUUAACUACAAUGCAAUUAAAAUCCAUGAGUCACUAAGGCAGCAGGUAAUCAUACUCUUAACAUCCAGAAAAGGGACAUAGACAAAUAUUGCAAUUUUGUCAUCAUUCCUUGGGGAGAGACUGAGGCUAGGAAACACACAAGACUCAGAAAAAAUAACUCCUGAGGAACAAUGUGUCACUCAACAAAACAAAACAAGACAAAACAGUAGUUACCUCAGGACAGUAUACAGUUAAAUUAUUCAUUGACAUCAUCAUUGUCAUUAUAGUAAGGUUGCCGACGAGAUCAUCCCUUUCCACCGGGGCUGAGAGUGUGAGAGAUGUGUGGAUGAGUGUGUGGGGCUUUGUCUGGGCCAAUCUGUCUGGGAUGGUUGGUCAAGUAUAUGGAUAGAUCAUUGUCACUUCAUCAUCAUCAUCAUCAUCACACCAUCACCUGGGCCAAAUUGUUGGAGGAACAGUACAGGUAUCAGGAAAGAAUUAAACAGCAGAACAUGAAUUAUUACAAACAUUACCAGUUGUAAUGUAAUUCAUAUGAGGAAUGUAAAACAUAGUGAUAAUUAAAUAUUUACAUUGUA